AUGUAUGCCGGAUAUCCUCAACCUCUUCCCACAGCACCUUAUAUGCCUCCCCAACCCUACCAUCAUGCACAAACGCCGGCCUUUCAGAAUGCUCAACACCUACCCCCAUUUCCACCUCAACAAUAUCCCCAGUCGGUAGCUCCGGGGAACUAUCAACAAUACAAUACGCCCAACCUGCCUACAUACCCUCCCACAACUCCGACGUACAUGCAAGGCUUACCAGGACCUCCCCAUGGCCAUCAACCAAACAAUCAAACAGUGAUGCCACCCAUGUCAUGGCGCAAUGAGAUGCAAAGUCCGGCGCCAUACAUUGGAGCUCAACCGGGGCAAUCACGAGGGCCACGACCUCCUCAUGCGCAUGGCAACCAGGGUCCGAAACCCAAGUAUACACAGAAACGAGAUCACUCAUCUGCAUUCAACAAACCACAAUCAACCGCACCUCGGACUCCCGCUGCGCCUGCCGUCCCAAGCUUCGGCAACCCUCUGCCUUCGAAGCCGCCACCCCCAGCAGACUCCACGGCCAACAGAAAGGCAAAGAAGAGAAAAAGGAAGCACAACCAACUUGGACUGACCCCUAAUACGGAGGACCAUGAGUCAAGCGAAGAAGACGUUGAUGAAGAUGAAGAAUCGAAGCUGGCCCAAAGUGGAUCUGACGCAGCACCACUUCAGGUCUCAUACAAAGGGAAAACAUCUACAUUGCAAACACCAUCCGAUAUUGCCGCUUGGAUUGCAGAGCGGAGGAAGAAGUUCCCCACUCAAGCUCGGGUUGAAGAAAAGAAGAAGUCGAUGGAGGAGGCAAAGGUAGCCCGCGAGGCCACCCGUCAACAAAAGCAAAAAGAGCAACAGGAAAAGCGAAAAGAGCAUGUACAAAAGCAAAACGAACACAAGACAGACCCCACUGCAGAUACGACAACGAACGCCCAGCGUAGGGAGAAGAUUCGGCGCAACCUUGAACGAGAAGAGAAACGAAUCCAAAAGGCCAUGGCUGAGACCGAAGCUGCUCGUCUCCGAAUGGAAGCUCUACAGAAGGAGGCAUUGAGCCUAAAUGCAGACUCCCAAGACGAAGACACGGGUAUCACACCUGGGCACCCACACCCAGCCCCGGCCCCAAUUAUCAAAACCGAACCUACAAACGCGGUGCCAGAGCCAGAGCCAGUCCUCAAGAUCGAACCCGAAAACGCGGUACCCGAGCCAGCUAUUACGGCUGAAUCCGUAAUCACGGCGCCAGCUGCAACAAUAAAAGCCGAGCCUCACAACCCCAUUCCAGAGCCCGCUCAAUCAGCCGUGUCCGCUGCUCAUGCGAUAGAGGCGCAAGGAGAACCCGAGGUCUUGCCCGAGUCCCACGAGGAGCACACAAUCAAGACCGAGCACCCCACCAACCAUGGCUUGGAUGACAUGGAGCUCGCAUCUGAUCAUGGGGCUAGUGAUUGGACCUCCUCGAGUGCUUCUGGCUCAGAUUCCGACUCCGACUCUGGCAGUGACGACUCCGCGCCAGAGCAAGCAACUUCACGUCGCACGGGACCAGAGCGAGUGCCGCCUCCACCCCGCGAAGGCAAAAAGACCGUCUGCCGUUAUUUUGCACGUAAUGGGCACUGCAACCGUGGUGACCAGUGUAAGUUCCUUCAUGAGAAUGACUCUGAACGAAUCUCGAAGGUCAAGGUAAAGCCUACGGAAAAGAAAGAGAAAGAAACGAAACGCAAAGGACUUUAUCAAGCUUUGCUCGACCGACAGAAGCAAGACGAUGACCGCCGGGCAAUGGAAGUGAUCUCCUGGCUAGGUCAGAACAAUAUGUUGGCGGAUUGA